CCUGACUGCUCCAGUAAAUCCCAGAGCUGCUCACUGAGCGUCAUGCAGGACAUCUGCUGUCUGCACAGAGCAGCGCACAGCACAACACCAGACUACCGCCUUUAAAACACCGCAAAUGACUGAGGCCAAGUUUCACCACAGAGGAGUAGAAACAGGACAUUGUUACUGGAUUUUAAAAUUCACAACAUCUUUUAAAAUGUCUGGAGAGGCAACACUGAAGAGCUGUGACUGAGUGUUUUUUGCUGACACGUGCCUGUCCUUCUGUCAGCACACUUAUAAGGAGGGAUCUUGGCUCCUGCAGCCAUUUCCCCUGCAGGGCUGAGCUCUUUGGCUGGCUCGCCACUUCCUUAGCAGAGGGGCUGCUGGCAGGGGCAACAUCUGAGCAGGUCAUGAAGCCCCAAGAGGCAGAGCUUGUCACUGAAAUCUCCAAGUUACAAUGCAUGGUCUCGGAGCUGAAGACGGGUUUCACCAGCGCUCUGCUGGAGCUCAGUCAGAUCCAACAUGGAGACACGUUCCUGAGGGAGGAGCUGGAGGAGAACAGGAGGAGCUGCCAGAAGAAGGCUGUUCGUCUGGAGGCUCUGGUCGAGUCGCUGAGGGAAGAACUUGGUGUGAUGCGGUGUCAGGUGUUGCAGCUGUACAGUAACAGACAGAGACCUCAGCAGGACGGAAAGAGCUCCACGUCAAAACAGAGAGAAAGCUGUGACGCAGCAGAGGCGGCCGGCGGACGGAGUCAGUGCGAGUGUUCGUCUGCUCCGCCCUCCUGUCUGUCCAGAGGGAAGCUGCUGCUCCACUGUUUCCUGCAGGGACUCAAAGCAGGACUGAGUGAAGGCACAGAUGCACGGCAUCAGGUGGCGAUGCAGCUCCUGCAUUCUGAGUGGGAGUACGUUUCAACCUUAAACCAGCUGUAUGACAGAUACAGGACACCGCCAGCUCACCAGAUGACCGUGGAGCCACAUCAGACAUAUCUGAAGUUUGUGGAGCAGCUGCUACAGCGACACCUCCUCUUCAGAAACACCCUGCAGGAGCGACUAACUGCCGAACACUGGAAGUCUCUGGUUGGAGACAUCCUGGUGCAGCUUAUCGGACAAAAUGACACAGCUUUUUCAGAUAUGUACCUCGGAUACACGACCACCCUGGCGUCCUUCCUCUCACUGGAGUUCAACAGACUGAAUCAUCCUGAGAAAGGCCACAAACUGCAGAGCGGCCAGAUGGAGAGAGAGGAAAUGAAACUGCUCUCCCUGCUGUUGGCGCCCGUGUCUCGUGUACACGGCUACCUGAGUCACAUUCAGAACUUGUUGCAGUGGACAGGUAAAGAGCAUCCUGACUGCAGCCUCCUGCUGGGCGCUGAGCGCGCGCUGAGGAGCGUGUUGUCUCGCUGUCACGUGAUUCUGGAGGAAGACGUCCGCUGGGAGGAAGGAGAAGGGGCCGGACAAAGCAGCUGCUCUGAUGCUGCGGCCGGUGGAUCCUCUGCAAACUGUUGCACAAGAAUCCAAGAGACCAGAGAGAGUCAGAGGGGCAGGGAGGGGGCAAACUCUGCUGCUCAGGGAGACGCCCCGCAGGCUGCUCCCCUCACCAACGGGGUGGACGUCCACCACUCCAUGCGUGUGGAGUGCUGGUCCUGCAGCCCGGUGAGGAGGAAGGGCCAGACCACUCUGAACCAGCCGGCCCGUGACUGCGGACACGCCUACUGCUCCCUCCUCACCCCGGACGCCGCAGGGUGGGGCGAGAACAGCGACUCGGGUCAGGGCACCUUCAGCCAGCCCACGGGGAAAGGCACCAACGAGCUGGAGGCACCUCCCGGGAACCACAGCCUGGAGGACUGCGAGACCGACCCCGACGACACCUCGGCCUUCGACUACUCCUCUGUCACCUCCUGCAGCCCCGACGGCACCCUGCGCAGAGACAUGACGGGCAGCAACAGCGGGGAGGAUGAGGAGGAGGACAGUCAGGUGCCGGUGCUGUUGAAGCCGUCAUACAGCCAGCAGCAGCAUCAGCAGCAGCAUCAGCAGCAGCAGCAGCAGCAGCAGCAGCAUCAGCAUCAGCAGCAGCAGCAUCAGCAUCAGCAUCAGUCCAGAGAGGCUCCCAGAGAGAGGACUGUGUGUUUGAGGUGGCAGAUUCCCAGAUUGACCCCUCAUCCUCCUCUGAGGAAGACAGCGGGCUCGUGUGUGGACGGGCUGACGCCGUGUCUCGUCGGCUCCUACGGGAAGAGGCUGGUCAACGUCAGGAAAGGGUCACCGCCUCUACACCUGAAAAGUGCCUUCAGGCCCAUCUGGGACGACCCGUCCAAACAGGUUGACGCAGCUCCAGAGAAAGACCACAGACAAGGCUUCAUCCCGAUUCAAGCCGCGGCGAGGCAAAGCUAUCAGAGCUUCAACCCGAGCAGAGAGAACCUAAGACCAGGCCUGGCUCAGCAGCGGGGGACACACGCAGCAGCGAUCAGCAGUGGAGGAUUGUGGGAAGACAGCGAGGACAGCGAGGGACCCUGCAGCACCGUUUGACCCCCCCCCCCCCCCCCCCCCACACCCCACACCCCACACACACACACACACACACACACACACACACACACACACACACACACACACAACACAACUGCAUGAACGACGAAGACAACAUGGAUGUUUUUCCUGAUUUUCUGAUGAAGCUACAGCUCGUGUUAAGACGGCGGAUAUCUGUGUUUGGUUCUUCAGGGUUACACUCCGACAUGUAGGACAAAAACAUCAGAGCAUUCUGGGGGAUUUAUGUCCAAAAAAUAAACAAACAAUUAUCAACACGUAUGAGAAAAAAAACUUCUCUAAGCACAGUCGGCUUACUGAAGCUUUUCUUUUUGACUUACAUUUGAAAAAAUCCCAUUUUAAUUUCCAGACCAUAUUUUUUUAACCAGAGAUGUGGAUGACGUCAUGUCAAUAUGUAGCUUAAGAACUAACAAAUGUAACUUUUAAUAGGUUUAAGCACUUGAUUUUAAUAUUGUUACUGUGCUGUUGCUGGUGAUAAUGCUAAGCUAACAAGGUGCUAGCUGUAGUUUCAAAAUAAGUGUAAUAUCUUAUCUUUUCAACUUUGCUACAACAGCUGAGAUUUACAGAAACUGAAAAUAAAAACAAGAGAAAUGAGUAGUUCAGUACAAAAUAAGACUGGGUGAUUUAUUAAUCUCAUCAAGACCAUUAAUACAAAGCAGUUAAAAGGCCACAUACCAUCAAAUAAACCGACUGCUGGAUCAAGCUGUUACAGUGCCACCGGAGGAAAACCAGUCUGUUAAUCUGUUGGGGGCUGAGGGGUCUUUAAAAAAACAAAACAACAACAACAAACAAAACAAAAACUUGGCAAAACGAACCCCAACAAUACUGACUUGGGAAACUUGGGAAAUGGACAGAACACGAGCGAAGACAGUGAAGUGAUGCGACUUCAGCUGUCCCUUAAAAAAGAAAGAAAAAAUCCUCCUGAACUCCCCUCUCAUCUCUGGAUUAGGAGGGUUUGUUUUUUUGUUUUUUACCCCCCCAGAGCAAGUGAGGGGGGCACGAGUGAUCUUUAAAAACGUGCUGAGAUCCAGCUUGUGGUGAUCAGACGUCCUCAGGCGUUUUAUGCGUCUGUCACAAAACGUCGAGGGGAAUCGGAGUGAGAUGGUAAGACUCGUGUUUUUUUUCUUUUUUUCUGCCCUGAUCCGCGUAGAAAGUGAGUUUAACAGCUGCAUAGGACCAAUGCAUUUACAAACAUGACCUAUAACAACCGCGGCUCGUCAACAGUACAGCCUAAAGUGCACAAAGUGUGUUUCUCAGAAGAAAAAAACAAAAAAAAAAAAAAGAAAGAAGAAAAAGUCCAAUUCUUCACUUGCAAACUGAAUAUACGUCUCGAUAUAUUCACCUGCAACUUCAAUACAAUUCCAACCUCUUGUUUAAUGAGUGUUAGCAUUAAAAAGUCUUUGAAAAGGAGAAAAGGCAAUUAGUAGGAUGUACAAAGUGAAGCACACGUCUAAGUAAGUGCUUGGCAUAUUCAACUGUAUAUUUUUUCUUUUUUUAAAUUGCUUUAAAACAGCUAAGGGGGGGCGGGGAAGAAAAAAUGGCUUUCCUCAGUUAAUACUCCCAGUGUUUCAACUGGAGAUUGUCUGUAAGUAAGUUAGUGACAGUGACCUGUUUUUUUUUUUUUUUCUGUUUUAUUUUUUAUUUUUUUAUUUUAUUUUUUAAAAUGUUUAAUCCGACUGUAGCAGCAUUGGAUUAUUAGGCAAUAUUCGACUGAACAGAUGCGGAUGAGGGUACAAUACAACAGGGGAAAAAAAAAAAACUUGUCACUUUAUACAAAUUAUUUAGUUAGUGUAUACAUGUUAUAUAUACACAGUAUCCACAAACAUGUACAAUUUCAUAGUGUAUAGCUUUGUUCUAAACAUUACAUAGGCAACUUUAUUUUUUAGCAUUUUAGACACCAUUUGCUUAUUUCUGUAAAGUAGAAAACAAAAUAAAAAGGCACAUCUGAGCAUGAUGCAUGGAUUAUUUCAGUCUUUUCCAAAGUGAAACAAAAACGUUUCAAGCAGAAAAAAAAAAAAGAAAGAAUGAGGGAGAGAUAAAGAAGAAGAAGAAGAAGAAGUUGGGUUAAAAAGUUCCCCUUUUUCCAUGGGUUUUUUUUUCUUUUAAUAAUAGUUAUUUGGGGCGGCCACUGGGGGGCGCUGACCCAGCUUUGGUGGGAGGUUGCGUGCUUCCAGUGCUGAGUUUGAAUACCAAUGAAGAACAAGUUGGUCAUGAGGGCUUUAGGAGAAGAGCACAGUGUCAGACAGCAGCGCACGUCAAUACGGGGAUCAGUUAAGACAUCAGCUUUUUUUGAAGAAGUGGGAGACAGAAAAUCUUUUUCCUUUUUUCCCCCCUCCCUCUCUUCGUCCUGGAUCGGUGCUGUUUGAUAUCGUGGCGGACUUCUCCCUCUGUCGCACACCGCAGAGGGAUUUUCUGUCUCGUCCAAACCUGCUGACUUUGCCCAAGCUUGAUGUGCAACAAAAAAAAAUAAUAAUAAUAAUAAUGGAGUGUUCUUGGCUCUCUCUUUUUCUUUUUCCUCCCAAUGUGGGGCUGAGAGGACUGGAGCCCGGGGGUCAGAGGUCACCGCUGUUGGAUUUUUAAAAGGCAACGUUUUGUGGCUGCGGAGAAGCCUGUCUUCAGACAAAACCACCCCCCCCCCCCAAAAAAACAAACAAACAAACAAUCAGACAGUUCGACUCGCGUCUUUACAGUCACAGUGUACAGUUGAGAUACAAGGUGGGGGAUUCAGUGUCGCCUCCUGUUUGCGUUUCUUUUAAUGUCACAUUUGUUUAAAAAAAAGAAAAAAGAAAA